CCAAAGCUCGAAACUUUAGCAUUGCAAGGAUGCCAAAAAAGGGGAAAAUCAGCAUAUAUAGAGAAACGAAGCUUUUCAAUCAAAUUAUCAUUAGCAAUAAAGAAGAUGCGACCCAAAAGUUCAGUCAGAUUUGCGAAGUGAAGAGCAUUGUGGAGCCGUCAAAUAAUUAUAAUAAUAAUAAUGAUACAGAGCAGCUGGACGUUGAUGAUCAGGCCAUGGGAAUCCAAUCCAAGGAGGACAUCAUUAUGGAGAUCCUCAGCAAGUUACCCGUGCGGUCUCUACUUCGAUUCAAAUGUGUUUCGAAAUUCUGGAAGGCAUUAAUUAUUGAUCCUUACUUUAAGAAGAAGCAUUUCAAUCAUGCCAAGAAUGAUGGAAAUUCCCAAAAACUUCUUAUUAGCCUAUUGUGCCUUAGGGAUGACAAAUAUAACAUGUAUUGUUGUCCUUUAUCGCCGCUUCAGCAGGUUGAGCAUGUACAGAAACUUGAUUGCCCUUCACUGCCUACAGCACUGCAUUGCAUAAUCCGUUGUUGUUGUGAUGGCUUGGUUAUUAUCGAGGCUAGGGAUAUUAUUGAUAGUGAACGCCUCAUACUUUUUCUGUUCAACCCCUCCACGAGAGAAUCAAUAGUACUGCCGGAUCCAGAAUUUCCGUGGCGGCCUUCUCUUCUGGGAUUGGCUUAUGACUCAACCAGUGGUGAGUAUAAGAUCCUUAAAGUUUACGACGGCGAAUUACCUAGUGAAAUUCUCGCGCUGAAAGGUGGUUCCUGGAGAAAAAUUGAUAAACAUCCUCGUGGUAUUUGCAGUGUGUCCCUUGCUAUGCAUUCUUUGGCAUUUGUACAUGAGUCAUUUCAUUGGAUUGGUUGUAUUUCACAAAGUUAUUUCUUGAUUUCGUUUAGUAUUUCAACUGAAGUCUACGGAGAGAUACCCAUUCCAAAGCAAAUGGUAACCAUAAUGCGCGGCAAACAUGUUGGCGUUUCAGUGUUGGAAGGAAUGCUUUGUGUUUACACUAAUUUUAAUAUUAUGAUUAAGGCAACUCUUCAGUUAUGGGUAUUGAAAGACUAUGGUGUCAAGGAAUCUUGGACUUUAUUGUUAACUAUAGAAGAUCCUAUGAUUGUUAUGGCCGUACCAAGAUAUAGGUUUGCGGAUGGUGAACUGCUAUACUGGUGCAUGCGUCGUCAUGCUCUUGCCCAUGCAUUCAGGACGUCCAGUGGACCAUUUGUAUUAUGGCCUCGAUGUGAUACCGUUCAGCACGGAUUCGCUUUUACAGAAAGCUUGAUCUCUCCAAAGUCACUUACUUAUUAGUUGAUCUAUUGCUCGGCUGUUUGUAAGUUUCAAAAUAUAUUUACUUCUUCGUUGUGAGUUUACCUGGCAGAUCUGGAUAUUGUUGUUGAAUAAUUUUGGAGUACAAUGCCAUAUGAGGUGAAGAUUCUACGAUUUAGCUGGCAGGGGCAAUAAAUUAAUAGCAGAUAUAAGAAGACUUGAAGAACUGUUCCUCUAUGCAUCAUGUGGAGUACUGGGCUUGAAAUAAAUCAGAGAUGUUUCAAUGGAGAAAGCAACAUGUAUCUUCUGUACAAUAUUAGGUGCUUACAUAAUCUAUAUGCUUGGUGUAAGGAACAGACCGCAGGGGGAGGUUACUCUGGUUUGUUGACUUCAUAGAAACUAUGAACUGAUAGCUGUUGUGUUGUGGAUGUAAUCCCUCUUUUGUUGUACUCUUUCAGUACCUCUUCAGAUGUAUUUUAGUGGAACGGUUCCUAGUGGGACUGAUAAUUUUUAAUUAUUACUCAUUAGAGCUAUUUGUUGUUA